AUGGACUUUGACAGCAAGCACCCGCCCUCCGUGGACAUGCAGAUCAGCUUCAAGCUCAUGAACAUCACCAUCGUGACCGACAGCGCGUGUGCGCGCGAGGGGUUCACGCAGUCGCGGAUGGUGCAGAAGUACAACCAGAACGCGGGGGAUGAUUUUACUGUCGUCAUUAUCACGGACGACCAGUCUGGCUUCUUGGGCCAGACCAUGUUCCCGCAUGGCCAGAUCAUGGUCGUGGUGUCGUCCGUGGGGUUCCGUGGCCAUGCUUCACGGCACCAGGGGGACAUGAUGUACGAUGAGGGGGACACAGUGGUGCAUGAGGCUGGGCAUGGAUUUGGCUUGUACCACACCUUCGAGGGCGGCUGCUCGAGAGACGGCGACUACAUCGACGACACGGAGAAGGAGAUGAUGCCGCAUUACCAGUGCGUCCGCGACAGCUCCUGCGGCAGUGGCGCCGACCCGGUCCACAACUUCAUGGACUACUCGCCGGACAUGUGCAUGGUGGGCUUCACGGAGGGGCAGAAGCGGCGCGCGUGGUGCGUGCUGGAGACCAGCCAGGCCGGCCUCUUCCAGAAGUCGAAGACGUGGUGA